AUGGUCGAUAACAUACCAGUCUUCUUUUUCGAUCUUGAUAACUGUCUUUAUGGGAAGUCGCAUCGUAUCCACGAUCUCAUGGGCGAAAAGAUCGACGCUUAUUUUAUCAACGAACUCAAAGAUGUAACCACAGAGGAAGCGAGCCAACUGCACGAACGCUACUAUAAAGACUAUGGCUUAGCGCUCGAAGGGCUGGUGCGACACCAUCAGGUAGAUCCGAUGGAUUACAAUGCCAAAGUCGAUGACGCGCUACCACUCGAACAAAUCCUGAAGCGAGAUGAUCACUUACGUGCGCUCUUACUUCGUAUGGAUACAAGAAAAGUCCGUCGAUGGAUUCUUACCAACGCCUAUGUGACACAUGCAAAGCGUGUGCUCAAAAUUCUUGGUGUUGAAGAUUUAUUCGAAGGCAUAACAUUUUGUGAUUACAAUCAACAAACGUUGAUUUGCAAACCACAGCCAAAAAUGUUUCAAAAAGCCAUGGACGAGGCUAAUAUUCAAGAUCGUACGAAAUGUUUCUUGGUGGACGACUCGCAACUAAACGUUAUUGGUGCAGCUGGAUUUGGUUGGGGAAGAAUUAUACACUUAAUCGAGCCACAAGAUCCAGUACCGGCAAAGACUUCAGGCAUUGAGCAAAUACGAUCGCUAGACGAAUUACCGGCUCUUUUUCCUGAGUAUUUCGUAACAUGCUAA